AUCCAAGUUCAUGAAAAUUUACAUGAUACCAAAGGCAUACGGUUGCUUUGUACAAAAAUAUUGAAUGGGGGAUUUCAAAUCACUUUUGACAAAGAAUUCAUAUGGUCGAUUGACCCCAACCAUUUGUCCUAAUGAUACAUAUGAUCAAUGCAGCGAGGUAAGUGGGAACAACUUGUCUGGUCCGAUACCGGAGUACAUUGCAAAUAAUUGGGUCAAUCUCACUCAUUUGGAUCUUUUGGGAAAUGAAUUUGAAGGACCACUGCCUGCAAAAAUAUUUUCCAUGAAAACUCUAGUGUCCUUGUGGGUUAGUGACCUGAAGAAUGCGGGUUUCUCUCUCCCUGAAGAUGCAACCUUAGAUAAUAUGGGUUUGCUGAUGAUAAGGAAUAGCUCUGUUAAUGGCACCAUUCCCAGAUGGCUCGGUAGCAUGGAAGAUUUAUAUUAUUUGGACUUGAGUUUCAACAACUUAAGUGGUGUUUUGCCGAAUACUCUAAGUAACCGAAGUAUUGAGAAGAUAUUUCUUAUGCAUAAUCAGCUGAAUGGAACAAUCCCCAAAUGGAUUGAGCAUACCAUCAAGGUUAAGGGUCCAUAAACCAUAUCGUUUUCGUGGUUCGUUUUCUCUUCCGCCGGUAUUCAAACAGUAUUUGGCUUUCCAAUCUGGAGCCGUUGAAGUUCACGUACUCUACACAAGCUCUAUUAGCCACAUUCCUCGGUAUGUGUAACGUGCUUCUGCUUGUGCCCUCUAAAAAUUGUGUCUUGCCUAAAACCCACAAAUUCUUUUACGAUGAAUAUCUUUCGGAACUAGCAGGCAGAUGUCUGGUUGAAGUUGUGCAGCGUCGAGGUUAUGAUAGAAGAGUCUACGGUUAGUUGUAAAAUGCACGAACUGGUGCGGGAUUUGACCAUCAUGAUUGCCAAAGAUGAGUCAUUUGGCAGCUUUGAAAGAGGCAGACAGAAAUGGACACCAGAAUGUUGAUGGUUUGGAAAUGCGAUUGAAGCAGUCCAAGGCCAAGGGCUAUGUUACUAAUGUCAAGCAGUGGAGUUCCCCUCGAUAAAAGCAUGGAACCUUUCCACCCCACAGUUUUGGAUUUGUCGCACAGUAAGCUGCAAAGUUUCGACAUAGAAACUUUGGAACCUCUAGAUUUUGGUCUUAAGCGGAUGCAACAGUCUUGUAAAUGUACAUCAAUCAAUCAUUAAAUUGAAGAUGCUGAUGCUAUUGGAUCUAGGAUCUUGUGGUCUCGGGUAUCUACCUCGAGGAAUAGGGAAGCUGUCGCGUCUACAAGAACUAUCUGGAUUCUAGGUGGUGAGUAGGACUCACAAGACAAGCUGUCAGCAACUGGCUGAGCUACGUGGGCUGAGAAUGAAUUUAAGUAAUGAAAAUGCCUUCAUUGAGCUAUUUGGAGGUAAGCCAUUGCUUCAAUUUGAAAAAAUUUUCAUGUCCUGUCAACAAGCCAGGGGUCUGGAGAAAGGACGAGGAUUAGGAAAUCAGUGAUUGAAAUAAGGAGUGGGCAUCGCCAUCUCUUUGGUGUCCUUUGGACAUUGUUGCUUUGUGUAUGCUUGGCUUGUUAUCUAUUUGCUAAAUUGUUUGCUGUUGUAUUUUCAGUUUUAAUUAUAUUGUGUGUGAAGUCUUUCAA